AUGGUGGUCUUCUUGAAACAGACUGAAAAUCCUGAGGACCAGGAGAAAAAUGACGAGAAUGUACGGCGAGGUACCUGGGCCUUGAAAGCUGACUACUUGCUCUCAGUGAUUGGCUACACUGUGGGACUGGGUAAUAUCUGGCGAUUCCCUUACCUGGUUUACAAAAAUGGUGGAGGUGCUUUUUUAAUUCCCUACAUCAUCAUGAUGGUACUUGCUGGGAUGCCGAUGUUUUUCAUGGAGUCGGCUUUGGGGCAGUUUGCCAGCCUCGGGCCUGCUCAAGUGUGGAAAGCUGUGCCCAUCUUACAAGGUGUGGGACUCCUGAGCUUUUUUGCGUCAACAUUUCAAGGCAUAUAUUACAACUGUAUUGUUACCUACUGCCUAUUCUACUUCUUUGUUUCCUUCCAAACACCUCUGCCAUGGCAAGAAUGCUACAGUUGGGGGGAAAAUGAUAAAAUCUGCCGCAAGACUCCCACAGGUACUGUGAUAAUUUCAAGAAUGUAUAAAGCCAUUGCCUCUGGUGAUUUAUCAUUCUGUUUGGUUGAGAAACUGUUGGUAUUGAUUCCCCACAGAAAGGUUAUAAAUAAUGCUUCCGUAAAUACAAAGAGUGUUACAGUUUUACAUCGUUCAAGUUCAAUUAAUGAGACUGGGAAGGUCAUCUGGCAUCUAGCUGUCUGCCUACUCAUAACUUGGAUAAUAGUUUUAUUCGUGCUGUGCAAAGGAAUAAAAAUUUCUGGAAAGGUGUCUUAUGUUGCUGUGACAGUCCCAUAUGCUUCCCUAGUUUUACUUGUGAUCCGAGGUGUUACCUUGGAGGGAGCUGAUAUAGGGAUUAAAUACUACAUUGGAAGCCAUUCAGACUUCUCCAAACUGGCUGAUGCUCAGGUUUGGAAAGACGCUGCAACUCAAAUUUUCAUUUCUCUGUCAGUGUCGCCAGGGGGUGUAACAGCACUGUCAUCUUAUAACAACUUCCAGAAUGACUGUUUCACAGAUACCCUCAUUGUUGCUUUUCUUAACUGUCUUACGAGCGUGCUGGUUGGAUUUGCCAUCUUUUCCAUCCUCGGACAUGUGGCUCAUCACAUUCAUUUACCAGUUUCAGAGGUUUCACAUUCAGGCUUAGGAUUGAUCUUUCUAGCAUACCCAGAAGCUCUUCUCCACCUUCCAAUUGCCUCUCUCUGGUCCACUGUAUUUUUUAGUAUGGUUGCCACUACAGGAUUAACCAGUCAGUUUGCAAUUGUAGAAACAAUUAUAACAAGUCUUCAGGAUGAGUUUCCCAGUUUACUGCGAAACAAACGUUUUUAUGUGACAGUUGCCGUGUGUUUGAUCUCACUUUUAUUUGGAAUUUUGCUCGUAACAGAGUCUGGGAUUUACUGGAUAACUUUAAUCGAUCACUUCUGUUCUGGAUGGGGCCUAAUUUUGAUUGCAAUACUGGAACUCAUCGGCUUAAGCUGGAUUUAUGGGAUAAACAGAUUCAUUAAGGACAUUGAGAUGAUGAUUGGGGAAAGGAGUUGGCUGUUCUGGCUGUGGUGGAGAGUCUGUUGGAUUGUUGUUACACCUAUUCUGCUGACUCUAAUGCUAAUCUGGUCUAUAAUAAUAUUUAGACCACCAGAAUAUGGACUUGUGGCGUAUCCUUCUUGGGCAAUAACACUUGGCUGGCUUAUGUUAACAUUUUGUUUCCUUUGGGUCCCUGUUAUUGCACUGGUUGUCAUUGUUUAUGCUGAAGGUGACAGCCUGUGCCAGAAAGCCAUUGCAGUUUUCAGACCAGCUCCUGACUGGGGUCCAUUCUUGGAACAACACCGAGGGGAGCAAUACAGAAGACAACAGCAGCCUAUAGAGAGAUUCCACAAAUCCAAGACUUCAUUUAUUUCUUUCGGGAACAAAGAGAAAUAAGAAGGUUUUAGGGAUAGGGAAGGAAAUUUUCAAGUAUAAAUGGGCACAUUGCUUUCCUUGGCAGCUAGUGGCCUAACUACAGAUCCUCGAUGGAAAUUUUAGGAAAGGGUCUGGAAUUUUCUUUUGUAAAGGACAGGAUUAUCUAGGACUGGAAGAGUCAGAAGUGUUCUCCCUAUUCCAUGUAACUGAUUUCAUCUCCUAUCCUAGUAGUGCCAGCUGAUUACCUUGGCUCCUCUCAACUUGUGCAGUGCAGCAUGGGGGCCCAUAUUGUACCCGUGGUUCAUUACAACUCUUCAGGGGAAGACCAAAUGCCAAAACGGCUCAGGGCA